GUCGUGAUUCGUGAGUGUUGGCAAAACACCGGCGAAUAGCAUAUAUGUUGUAUAUUAGCCCGUGCCAUCGUGUACUACUUGUAAGUUAUAAUAACGGACUCUUCAACUCCGCCAAGGUCUGUCAGAACUAAUUUUGUGUUUUUUGUUUGGUUUAAUUCGGUUAUUCGUUCAAACGGGAGUUUAGAAAAAAAAAAAAAUAAAAGUGUUGAUGAGGAAAUCGAAGCCCAGAAAAAACCACAAAAGUCACCGUUCUCGGUGAACUCUCGACUAUAUACUAGCUGUCACUUAGUCAAAAAAACGGAAUAGUACUUCAGUCGUGGAAAUGAUGUGGACAACAAUGCCCGACAAUGGAGUGAUGCAUCAAAACUUUCUAUACUCAUUCAAGUACUGCACGCGUCGGGAAUAUUUCUGUUUGCCUGUACGGUACGGACUACAUUUCUACUUGGCUGUCGGGUUGGUGAUACUUGAAUCAUUCACUCACGGAUCGCCCAUCUCUGUGGAUGUCAACACGGCAGCGGCGAUACAACUGGCGGAAGCCAUGGAUCCAACUGCCAAUCCCUGCGUAGACUUUUUCCAGUACGCUUGCGGAGGCUGGAUCAAAAACAAUCCGAUCCCAGCAUCGAAAUCGGGCUGGUCUCAGUUUGCAAUUAUGUAUCAAAAGCUGACUCGAGAACUAAGAGAGAUUUUGCAAGGAAAAAAUUCGCCAAAUGAUCCUGUUCCGUUGAUACUGGCUCGGGGGAUGUAUGCCGACUGCAUGAACAUCAAUGCCAUCGAGACUCUAGGACUGACGCCUUUAGUGGAUUACCUGGGAAAAUUCGGCGGUUGGCCAAUGACGUUAAAACACUGGGACGAAUCGAAAUUCGACUGGAAAAAUACCACCGCGUCGGCUCUGACUACUUUCAACUUGCACAUACUAAUGAGUGUUUUCAAUGAUUUGGAUAGCAACAAUACCGACGCGAGUUCAAUCUACGUGGACCAAGAUUCUCUCUAUUUGCCGCGCUCAGUUCUCGUCAAUCCUGCGGAUAAUCCACAAAUAACGACAGCUUACACAACGUUGAUAGUCGAAUCUGCCAAAGCCGUUAGGAGCUGGCUAAAAAGUGACGUCACCGACGCCCAGAUCAAAGCGGACGCUGACGCUGUUUUAAAAUUCGAGUCACAAUUGGCGAUGAUCACAGUUCCAGAUGAGAAACGCCAUAAUUUCACCCGGAUUUACAAUCCAAUGUCGCUAGUGGAACUUCAAAAAUGGACGGACAGUGUGCCCACCGGUAAAUCUAAUUCCAAAGCCAAGAUUAAUUGGCAGGAGUAUCUCAACAAAAUCUAUUCCGUAGUGGAUAUCGCCAUUCCGGCCACGGAACGAGUUAUCGUAGUCGAAACAAAUUAUUUGAAGCAGUUCGUUCACCUUCUAGAUCAAACUCCGCCUAGAGUGCUCGCUAAUUACGUCCACUGGCGGAUUGUCGAUGCUUUGGCAACGUACACCAACCAGCAAAUGUCUGACCUACAAUUUGCUUUUGCCAAAGUUUACGAAGGAGUUUCGCAACCCCCUCCGAGAUCGUUUAAGUGCGUGAAUGUAGUCAACGACCUGCUGGGGUUCGCACUCGCCUCAGUUUACGUGGAAAAAGUGAUGGACGACGCAGCCGUUGAUGAGGUUAAAGAAAUGGUUACCAAUUUGAAAAGGGCGUUCAAAUCAAUGGUUAUCGAGGACGCAUGGAUGGACACGGAGACUAAAUUAACUGCCAACGAAAAGGUCGACGCCAUGAUUGAAUUUGUUGGCUAUCCGCAGUGGAUCAAAAAUAAGACGGCCCUAGAAGAAUACUACGAUGGAAUUAUGAACAGCUCGACUGGUUUCCAUUUCAACAACAUUCAACAAGUCAAUGCCUACCUAAGCCAGAAUGAUUUAUCAGUUUUGCGCGACAACGUUGGCCGCACCGAAUGGAGCGACAAACCCACCACCGUUAACGCUUUCUACUCUGGACUUGUCAACUCGAUAAGUUUCCCAGCUGCCGUUCUACAGCCUCCAUAUUUUACCAAGGGGAUCUCUCCGGCCAUCAAUUACGGGGCUAUGGGCAGCAUGAUCGGCCACGAAAUCACUCACGGAUUCGACGAUCAAGGUCGACAGAGCGAUAAGAACGGCAACACGGUUCAAUGGUGGACGGAGAAAACGCUGGAAAAGUAUCAAGAGCGAGCCAAAUGUUUUAUUGAUCAAUACUCCAACUACGUCGUCCUCAACGGAACCAGAUUGAACGGAGUGAAUACCCAAAGCGAGAAUAUUGCGGAUAACGGCGGAGUCAGAGAAGCUUUCAGGGCUUACCGCUACUAUGUGGCGGCUCACGGAGGCGUUGAUUCCAGUAAAUUUCAAAACUUGACACCCGAACAAGUUUUCUUUCUGGCCUACGCCAACAGCUUCUGCGGGACUAAUACUCCCGAAGAGUUGGGAAACCUCGUCGAAUCGGAUCCGCACAGUCCGCAUCGCUUCCGCGUCAUCGGAACGCUGUCGAAUAAUGAAGACUUUGUACGCGAAUUCAAAUGUGGCGCCGGCACUCCAAUGAAUCGAUUAAACAAAUGUGUUCUUUGGUAACGUUUACGCACUUGCACGACAGAUAUUGAAAGAAUAAAAAAAGCUCUAAUCACAACGCUAAACUUGCAAC